AUCUCUUUUACUUCUUAUUUAAUUAAUUGUAUUAUAUAUAUCUAUAAUAAUAUUUUAUACCUUUACCUUAAUAAUUAUGUCUAUAUAGUUAGUUGAAGUCGUGCGCGCAGUUCAAAAUGAAAUCGUGAAAAGAAAACGAAAAAUAUUUUUAAAUUUUUCACCACCAUAAAUCCAUUCAGUAUAAUUGGAUUAAUCAAACAACUCGAAGUCAAACUACUAUAUAAUGUCAUCUGGACAAUUAUCUCGUCUUCUGGGGAUGAAGAUAUCAAGUAGAUUGUUCUCUCAAGUGACUGUGAGAUUACAAGAACAAUCAAGUGGAAGACCAUUGAUUCCUGAAGCUUUAAAGCUCAGAAUAGAGAAAUCGAAACAAAGACUUGUUAUUCCAACUACCAUUUCCAAUGAUAAUUUAAAACAAAAUGAAUAUGAAAGAUUAAGAGUAGUACCUGCUUUAAAGACUUUCUUUGGUGGAAAUCCAGUUCAUGAAGAAAAUAUGAAUCAUUUGAAUUCAAUUUUAAGAAAACAUAUAAAUUUACCAACUAGAAGUAUAUCAGAUGAAGAACUUCGUAGGAAGAGAUUCAUUUCAUUUGAAGCUUAUAAAGAAUCAAUCCAAUCCGGUACCAGAUUUAAAGACAUCCAUCAUAAAGAAUUAUUACAUGUGUUGAAUAGAUUAAGAAGUAUUGAUGUUGAAUUAACUCCAAAGGAUGUGACACAAGCUUUAGCCAAAUAUUGGGUGAAGAGUGAUAUAGCCACUAGUGUUACUGCUAAAGUGAAAACAUUAGAUGAAUUCGGUAGAGCUCAUGGUAAAGCCAAAAGAAAAGUUUCACAAGCUGAAGUUUAUUUAUCAAAGGGUGAUGGUGAAGCUAUUAUAAAUGGUAAACCAUUAAUUGAAUAUUUCACUAAGGAUACUGAUCGUAAAAAGAUUGCUUAUCCAUUCCAAGUCAUUAGUCAAGAAGCUCAAUAUAAUAUAUUUGCCACUGUCAAUGGUGGUGGUGUCACUGGUCAAACUGAAGCUGUCAUGUAUGCUAUUGCCAAAGCUUUGAUUGUAUUUAAUCCAUUACUUAAACCAAGAUUAUCCAAAGCAGGAUUAGUGACUAGUGAUGCUAGAAAUGUUGAAAGAAAGAAACCUGGUAAAGUUAAAGCUAGAAAAUCACCAACCUGGGUUAAGCGUUAGGAUUUGGUUCAUAUAUAUAUAAACUUAUAUUUCAUG